CGAUGCGCUCAGUAGCAACGUCUUCACCUGGUCAUCACGCUAGCGUAGACUCUACAACUGCUGCAGUCGCCGCCGCCAUUUUGGCGACGGGAAGAGUCCGUGUUUCGGACAGCUGGAGGCGGCGGCGGUUCCUGGUACUGACUGUUUCCGGCUGCUUUAGCGCCUCCAGAUUCUCCCACUUUCGGGCCACAACCCUCGGAAUAGCUUUUCAAAAGGAAAGAUAUUUUGCGUCUGCUCUCUCCGCUAGAAAUGGCCAAUGUACUCUGUAACAGAGCUAGACUGGUUUCCUACCUCCCAGGAUUUUACUCUUUAGUUAAAAGGGUUGUCAAUCCCAAAGCCUUUUCAACCGCAGGAUCUUCAGGCUCUGAUGAGUCUCAUGUGGCCACUGCACCUCCGGAUAUAUGCACUCAAACAGUAUGGCCUGAUGAAACCAUGGGACCAUUUGGACCUCAGGAUCAGAGAUUCCAGCUUCCUGGGAAUAUAGGCUUUGAUUGUCACCUCAAUGGGACAGCUUCACAGAAGAAAAGCCCGGUUCAUAGAACUUUGCCUGAUGUUCUAGCAGAACCUUUAUCAAGUGAAAGGCACGAGUUUGUGAUGGCACAAUAUGUUAAUGAAUUUCAGAGUAAUGGUGCACCUAUUGAACAAGAAAUUAACAGUGCAGAAACUUACUUUGAAAGUGCCAAAGUGGAGUGUGCAAUCCAAACGUGUCCAGAAUUGCUGCGAAGAGAUUUUGAAUCACUAUUUCCAGAAGUGACCAGCAGCAAACUAAUGGUUUUGACUGUAACGCAGAAAACUAAGAAUGAUAUGACUAUUUGGAGUGAGGAGGUAGAAAAUGAAAGAGAAAUGCUCUUAGAAAAGUUCAUCAGUGGUGCUAAGGAAAUUUGCUAUGCUCUUCGAGCUGAAGGUUAUUGGGCUGACUUUAUUGACCCAUCCUCUGGUGUGGCAUUUUUUGGACCAUAUACAAAUAACACUCUUUUUGAAACUGAUGAACGCUAUCGACACUUAGGAUUCUCUGUCGACGAUCUCGGCUGCUGUAAAGUGAUUCGUCAUAGUCUCUGGGGUACCCAUGUGGUUGUUGGUAGUAUCUUCACUAAUGCAACACCAGACAGCCAUAUUAUGAAGAAAUUAAGUGGAAACUAGCAGUGUUGUCCGUAUAUUUGCUGUACUAUUUAUACAUAACAUUUGAUCUAUAAACACUGUCAAAAGCUUAUUUUUAAAAUACACUUAUUUUUAGGUGUCUGUUUCGAUAUUCAUAAAUUUAAAAUGUUGGCAAGUGAUUUGUGAUUUUUAAAUCACAGUGGUUCAUUAUUUUAUCAUUGAGUACAUGUUGAGCACAUCCACGUUGUAUAGAAUGUGGUAAUUAACAUGUAAUCAGGGUAUGAUCUCAUGUUACUAUUUCUCCCUCUUAUUGGAAAAACCUGUUUUAAUUAUUUUUCUCCAAAAAUAAAUCACACAUUUGGUUGAGGCGA